AUGGAUGCAGCACAACGUCAACAACAUCAACAACGUCGACUACUACCAGCACCAGCACCUCAACAAGUGCAUCAGUGGCAACAAGUUCAUCAUCAACCGAAACAUCCAGCUCGACGUCAGCGACAGGUCACACAACGUCAACAACGUCGACUACUACCAGCACCUCUACGAGCACAUCAUCAACAACAGAUUGCUCGUCUUCUUGAAGGUGCUUCCACAUUAACCAGUUCCACCACGACAUCAACAAGUACAUCAUCAACAACAAGUAAGAAAUGUUGUAGAUGUAGUAAAUAUUCCACAUUGCUCUUCUUUUCGCAGGUACUUCCACAUCAACCAGUUCCACCACGACAUCAACAAGUACAUCAUCAACAACAACAUCAAGCACCUCAACUAGUACCAGUUCGACAACAAGUUCAACCACAUCGACGACCACAACAAGUACCACAUCCAUAUCAACCAGCUCGACGUCAACCAGUACAAGCACCACCUCUAGUACGUGCUACUUUCAGGCGUGGAAAAAGUUUUUGUUGA